CAUCCUAGCUAUGCUUAAUUCAAGGCCGUAUGGCGCAAUGAUCUUCAACAACCCACCCACACAUCCAUAAGACCACACAGCCGUUCGUUCAGGUGGUGCACCCAUCGGACGGUUCGGCCUCACGAACAACCGCAGAUCCCCUGAUGGCCCCAGCAGCCGGUACCGUGGGAUAUCGGCUGUGCGAUUCCUCAAGAUAAGCUACGUCGAGGACGGCUGGUGAUCUGCGCUGAUGCUCGGCAAUGGUGGUUUCCGGGAAAUGAGGCGCGAGGGAAGAUAUCAGCUCUGGCGUAGAUGGGAUGAAGUCAUUGAGUAACGGACCACGGAGCGCGUCUAUAAAGAGCUGUCCAAGUUCGUGCCGUCAGCGAUUGAAUCAUCCAGCUCAUAUUCGAGUCCUUCACCAAGCACAACCCCAUCCAACGAGUCAACAUGCGCUUCGCCAUUGUCGCCAGUCUCGCCUUUGUCGGCGCCGCUCUUGCCGUGCCCUUGCAAGCCGAAAAACGAUCUCUGAUCACCGACGUUGGCAACGUCAUUGCCGAGCUUGAGGCUGGCCUCGGUGUCACAGAGGUCACCGAGAAGCUCGACGAACUCCUCGGGGGUGGUCUGACCAAGCUUGAGGACGCCCUCGGCGUUACUUUUGCCGAGUAUGCUCUUGGCCUCCUGGAGGACGGCGCUGAGCCAGGCACCGUACAGGCCAUUGGUGAGGCUAUCGCCAUGCUGGAGGACGGCAUGGGCGUCACUGCCGUGAAUGAGUUCUUGGACGAGACCACAGGGGGAGCCAUCACAUCCAUUGAAGAUGCGCUCGGCGUGACUGAUGUGUUGGAGGCCCUGGGUCUGGCCUAGGCUGAUUCCAAGUUGACCCAACCCUGUUAAUAGUUAUCUUUG